AUGUUCGUCAAACACAGCACCGACGUUCACUCGCUGAAAACCAUAUCAGACCGAGUGAAGGUGCUUGCUUUGGACUACAAACAAUGGUACGACUCGAUCUUGGACGUUGUGAGCGACGACCAGGCUCAGGAGGCAAUCGAGCGAUAUGGCGUGUUCGACGACAGGGUAUUCGAGUUAAGCAAAAACAUCGAUUACCAGUUAGCAUCGCAGAUCCCAUUGCCUACAACACCAAUCCCAGUUUUCGGCAGUGAACAGAAACCCACGACAGUCCCGGUGCGUGCAAGACUUCCCGAAAUCGUGCUACCACAUUUCGACGGAAAUAUUCGCGGCUGGCCUGCCUUCCGUGACACGUUUCAAUCACUGAUUCAUUCUUCAGAGCAGCUGACCGAAUGUGACAAACUACAUUACCUUGCUGCGUCGCUGACGAAGGACGCACGCGCGGUGAUCGACGCGUUGGAAAUAACAUCCAAAAACUACGACGUAGCCUGGAAGCUGUUGUCUGAGCGCUACGAGAACAAGUACCUCAUCGUCAAAACCACCGUUGAGGCGUUAUUCAGCAUAUCACCGCUGAGGAGAGAAUGUGCAGAUUCUCUAAGCCGACUUGUCGACGAUUUCGAGCGUAACCUACGAAUGCUCGAAAAGGAAGGCGAGAAACCAGAUGCAUGGAGCACGCUGCUGGUGUUCAGGCUAAGCUCGCUGCUGGAUCCAACAACCCUGCGUCAUUGGGAGCUUCACCGGAAGUCCACGACCAUCCCAACGUACAAAGACUUAGUGCAAUUCGUCCGCAACCAUUGCCAUGUACUGAAGUCUUUCUCCAAGCCAGCCAACGGAGCCAGAACCGGAGACACCAUGCGCAGCAAUCCUCGAGUGCAAACCAUCCAUGCUGCGACCAGUGCUGUGAAUAGUGUUGCGUACAACGAAAAGUGCAAAUUGUGCGGUGUUUCAAAACAUUCAGUGUUCCGGUGUGAAUUGAUCAACAAUAUGAGUGUUGCAGAUAGAAAGCAACUAGUGCAGUCGAAAGGAUUGUGCUUCAACUGCUUUUCUCCAGCUCAUCGUUUACGACAGUGUACAUCAAGCGGAUGCAAGAUCUGCCAACAACGGCAUCAUACGUUGCUGCAUGAAGCAGCACCAGCAACUGAGGCGUCGGAUGCUCCAGCCACGAGUUCGAUCUGUCCUCCUCAGUCCCUUACCCACUGUUCCAUCCAGAUCGAAAACAGUGUUGUGUUGCUGCAAACCGUGCUGGUCCAGGUAGAGGACAAACACGGACGAUGUCAUCUAGCACGUGCCUUGCUGGAUUCCGGAGCACAACUCAACAUCAUCACCGAGCGCCUUACUCAACGGCUGGGUGUGGCGAAACGGCGAGAGAAUCAUCGCAUCGGAGGAAUUGGAGAAGUUUCCGUGACGUCACAACAUUCGGCUGUGUUAAGGAUCCAUUCUUUAGACGGUGAAUACAAAGCGUCCGGAAAGUUCCACGUACUCAGCAAGCUCACUCGUGAGCUCCCAUCAACCCGUAUCAACACAAGCAGCUGGCAGAUACCUCGUCAAGUUCAGCUGGCCGAUCCUUCGUUUCACAGUCCUGGCCCGAUCGACCUCAUCAUCGGUGCAGAGCUGUACUACGACGUCGUUAAGGAAGGACUCAUUAAGCUAUCCCACGAAAGAGUGACACUCCAAAACACUGCUUUUGGUUGGGUGUUAGCAGGUAGAGUCAAUGUUCAUGCACCAUCUUCAUCCAUCGUGGGACACGUCUGCAGUACGAGCAUCGAAGAGCAGCUGAGUAAAUUCUGGGAGUUGGAGUCAUGCCGAGCUACUAGCACAUUAUCCGUCGAGGAGAGCAACUGUGAGAAACAGUUCGCAGCCACCACCACCAGAGACACCGACGGUCGAUUCAUCGUGCAGCUACCGAAACGAGAGGACAAGCUGGCUCGUCUUGGGGAUUCGAAAGGGAUAGCCACACGCCGGUUCCUUGCCUUGGAACGUCGGCUAUCCUCGAAUGCCUCAUUGAAGACAGCUUACACACAAUUCAUCGAGGAGUACGCAGAACUUCAGCACAUGACAGAAGUAGCCGAGAGCGAUGCUACAAUUUCAUCACCAUCAUACUAUCUCCCACAUCACUGCAUCGUGCGACCAGAUAGUACCACCACUAAACUCCGGGUAGUGUUCGACGCUUCGUGUGCAUCAGACACCGGAACAUCUUUAAACGAUGCACUGAUGAUCGGACCCACAAUCCAAGACGACCUGAUGUCCAUUCUAUUGCGGUUUAGAAUGUCGAAAUUUGCCCUGGUAGCAGACAUCGAGAAGAUGUACCGGCAAAUCAACAUAGCUGCCAUCGAUCGUCCGCUGCAACGAAUCCUGUGGCGAAAUUCUCCAACCGAGCCGAUACGAACGUUCCAGCUCAACACCGUCACCUACGGCACAUCAUGUGCUCCGUAUUUGGCCACCAAAACCCUGCAAGUGCUAUCUCAGGUCGGAGCUAGCACCCACCCCGAAGCAGCAACCAUCCUCGGACGAGACUUCUACAUGGACGACAUGCUGACUGGCGUAAAUAACAUUCCCGAGGGUCAACGAGUAUGUCAGCAACUCAUCGAUCUCCUGGCUUCUGGUGGAUUCUGCUUGCGGAAAUGGGCCACCAACAACAGGCAGAUCUUCGAACAUCUGCCCCAGCAUCUGCAAGAUGAAAGGACGAUUCUCAACUUGGAUGCGAAGUCACCGAUCAUCAAGACACUCGGACUGAAGUGGAACGUUUCCACCGACGCCUUUGUGUUCAACAUCCCACGCUGGAACGCAGACAACAUCAUCACCAAACGAAACGCGCUUUCGGAUGUCGCGAAACUGUUCGACCCAAUCGGACUGGUUGGACCAGUUAUCAUCCAAGCCAAGCUGUUCCUUCAAGAGCUGUGGAAAUGUCAGAUCACCUGGGACGAACCGUUAACACUAGCACUACAAAACCGAUGGCUUCUGUUUCGCGAGACGUUGGCCAUGCUGCAAACGAUUCACAUUCCACGCUGGCUCUUAACCGAUCAACGAGCAACGAAUCUACAAUUGCAUUGCUUUUGUGAUGCAUCCGAGAAGGCGUACGGAGCGGCGAUUUACUUGCGUUCGAUCAACACCGAUGGACGUGUGACAACCAACCUCAUCACUGCAAAAUCCAAAGUGGCACCACUAGCAGACUCCCGUAAGCAAAAGCGUGUUUGCUUACCCCGACUGGAGCUUUCUGCAGCACUGCUACUGGCACACUCGUACGAGAAGGUGUCAGACGCCUUGAAGCUUCAGGUCGAGACCAUCUUUUGGUCUGACUCAACCCUCGUCCUGCAUUGGUUGUCUGCAACUCCGUCACGCUGGAAAACCUUCAUCGCUAACCGGGUGUCCGAGAUCCAACACAUCACUCACGGCAAGGAGUGGAGACACGUAUCCGGAACGGACAAUCCUGCGGACAUCAUCUCUCGAGGAAUGGAUGCGGAUCAGCUGGAAAAUUCAACCCUUUGGUGGCACGGACCAGACUGGCUGGCGCAACCAUCAGAGGAAUGGCCGAACACUCAUCAACCUCGACAGGAAGAAUUCACCACGGACGAAUUGGAGGAGCGACCAAUCUGCAUGGCUACCCAAUCCGUGGCUCCGAACGAACUUUUUAGCCUCCGUUCAACGUUCACCGGACUGCAACGUCUGGUUGCGUGGCUAAGAAGAUUCCGACACAACACGAAUCCUGCUAAUCAUCAACAACGCAGACUGGAUCAUCAUCUCAGCUUGGAGGAACUAGCCGAAUCUACACUGUGUCUAGUUCGCCUCGCUCAAGCUGAAUCAUUCCCAGAAGACAUCAAACAUCUAUCGAAAGGCGAUUCGGUCGGCAACCACUCACCUUUAAAACUACUAGCACCGUUUCUACAAGAUGGCCUGCUACGAGUGGGUGGAAGAUUGCGACAUGCACCAAUCCCGUUCGACCGAAAGCAUCCGUACAUCUUACCCGCCAACCAUCCGCUGACGAAUCAGAUUGCAACCCUGUAUCAUCGGACCUAUCAACAUGCGAAUCCACAACUACUGAUAGCGAGCAUGCGAGAACGAUUUUGGCCACUGCGAGCAAAAAACCUGGCCAGAAGAAUCGUCCACUCCUGCUACAAAUGCUAUCGUUGCCGCCCCACACCUGCGCAGCAACUCAUGGGCGACCUUCCAACAGAGAGAGUUACACCAACGUCAACUUUCUUACACACCGGAGUCGACUUGUGUGGACCGAUACACUAUCGACAUACAUCUCGGAAGGCGCAACUCAUCAAGGGCUACGUAGCGAUAUUCGUCUGUAUGGCAGUGAAGGCUGUACACAUCGAAUUGGUAGCGGACCUGUCUACCAACGCUUUCCUUGCGGCACUUCGACGAUUCAUCGGACGUCGCGGGAAACCGGCUCUCAUCGAAUGCGACAACGCUAGGAAUUUCUUGGGCGCCUCCCGAGAAAUUGCCUCCUUGUCCAAGCAAUUCAACCACCAGUGGCAAACAUCAGUGAUUAAGUCCUGCAUCGACGAUGGCAUCCAGUUCAAGUUCAUCCCACCUCGCUCACCCAACUUAGGAGGUCUUUGGGAGGCGGCAGUCAAGUCUUUCAAAACACACUUCAAGCCAACCGUUGGGAACGCCAUCCUCACGAGCGAUGAACUCAACACGCUACUGAUCCAGAUUGAAGGAUGCCUCAACUCUAGACCACUUACACCAUUCUCCAAUGACCCAUCUGAUCUGGAAGUGCUGACCCCAGGUCACUUCCUCAUUCAUCACCCCAUCGUAUCCCUGGCCGAACCAUCGCUGGAAAAGCUGCCGUUCAACCGUCUCGAUCGCUGGCAAAAGGUGCAAGAGUUUGUCCGUCGACUAUGGAACCGCUGGUCAACAGACUACUUGUCCGGACUACAGCAGAGAACCAAGUGGACCAAGCAGAAGGACAACGUGAAGCUGGAUACCAUGGUGCUGCUGAAGGAGGACGGUCUACCUCCAUCGAAAUGGUGUCUUGGCCGCGUCACGCAGAUCAUCAAGGGAGCUGACGACAACAUCCGAGUGGUCAUCGUCAAGACGAAAGAUGGAGACUUCAAGCGUUCCAUCUCUAAAAUCUGCGUUCUUCCCACCGACGAGCCAUCAAGUUCAUCCUAG